GUUGAUCUGUUGCUUAACAAUUCUACACACUAUAGUAUUAAACGCACAUACACAAACAUUCUCAUUAUCAGUUUGCAAUUUACAAUUGUUUUUUAUUUUUUUAUUUAUACAAUUGCGUUUGAUAUUAGUGUGAAACUGAUGAGUUUCACGAACGCGGUUUAAAUUUAAAAAUAGUUCCUGUAUUCUUACGCACAGGCAGAUUGUAAGACCCAUAUGUGACUCAUAUGUAGGUAACCGUUACAACAACAACAACAUCCCAUAUGUGAUUUACAUACCCACAAAUAAAAACUAUCGCAUUGAUGACUAAAUUAUCGUAUUAAAUCGUUCAAACUUUAACACAAAUAACAUUGGGGCAUCCAAUAGAACUAAAACAAAUAAAAUACUUCUAUUUGGAAAUAGUGAAUGCGCUUGAAAUCGUAUAACUUACAAAUAUUAAAAGAAAAAUAUAAGCAACAAAAAGCUGGAAUAAUAAAACAGACUUUGGUAAAAUUAUUGUAGUUAAUUGUAGUACAGGUCUAAAAAACAAGUAUUAAUACAAAAAUAUAACCGAUAAAAAUAAUUUGAUGAAUACAAAUAAACAUAUGAAUUAAAGAUUAUUCCGAAGUAUUUGUGGAUAUGAGUCAGUUAAAAAAAUGUUAACAAAAGCUGUUAUUAAAAAUGUUAUGGCAUAAAAUUAUAAUAAAUAUGAUUUUCCACAAAUGUUACAUGGAAAAAUAUUGUAAAUAAAGGACGUGUAAAUAAUUGUCUUACUUGUUUUGUCAGGAUAUAAACUGUCGUUGCUAUGACAGUCAUUAAGACGGAUAAACAAAACAAUUGUCAUUGUUUUUCAAAAUUACAUUAAAGUAGAAAACAAAGUUCAACAAGGCACCUGAACAAUUAUUGUUGAUUAUAAUUAAUCAAAUAAUAAUAUGCACAGUGGAAUUCCUAUUUAACAAAUCAUUGAUAGUAUCUAGUAUCAAUAACUAUUAUAAUAUGCCGGAGGAACUGGAGAAAGCCGGACUUUACAUUGAUGAUAUUUAUAGGCUGCGUGUCCAAGAUCCAGCGAUUGCCAACGAAACAAACGAAUUGCGUGAAGAGUGUUUGGAAUAUGCUAACAAGUUGCAAGAAUUUAAGAAAUAUGCCGAGGAUUUUCAUAAAAUUAUAAGUGGCUUCGCAAAAGAUGUAGAAAAGGAGAAGUUGAGAGCUAUCGGUACACAGAAUUUGCUGAAAACUAUUUCGAAGGAACGACAGGCUGAGCAGCAAGUGUACCAGAGUAAAAUCCAUGAGAAAAAUAUUGAAUUAGAGAGAUUGCGAAACGAAUAUCAGUACUUACAGCGCAUUGAGUCAGAGCAGCAGGAAAUUAUUAAUAAUUUUUUGCUGAAUCAGUGAAGGCAUGGUUAUAAACAUUUCACAUAAUUUCUCAAAUGUUCUUUUAUUGAUUAAAUGUAAUAGAAACCUUAAAUAUAGAAUUUAAAUUAUUGUUAUAAUUUAAAA